AGUAAACAGCUAUGCCUGAGUGUUACGGGGUAGUGGAGGACACGCAGCGUGCAGAACAGGUAGGUUUGGAAAAAGGGCAGCUGACCAAACGCUCCUAAUGUUUGGGUUAAUGUUUAGCCUCCGGACGGGCAGCUCUUGGCCCUGCAACCGCCUCUGUGCACUGAACGCCCUGAAGGAGCUUCCGUUCCUCAGGAACAACGCGUCAAAAAUGUCGUCAGAUUCCCACUGGCUCCCUCCUGCCGACCGGGAUCAGAUGAUGAUGGAGCUCAGGGCUACCGGGUGGAUGGAGGUGGAGGAUCGAGAUGCCAUAUUUAAAGAGUUUCACUUUAAAACCUUUAAUCAGGCGUUUGGCUUUAUGUCUCGAGUGGCUCUGCAGGCAGAGAAGAUGAACCAUCACCCGGAGUGGUUCAAUGUUUAUAAUAAGGUCCAGAUUACAUUGACGACACACGACUGUGGAGGACUCUCCAAACGGGACAUCAAACUGGCCAAGUUCAUUGAUAAAGUAGCUGUUUCCCUGUGAACUAAGUUUUAGUAUUCAAGAUGUUUGUAGUUUUUCUGCUUUUGUAUUCAGAUUUUUCUAUAUAAAAUCCACAAUCUGCAUCUGAUCGUCUUUAAAAAUAAAAAUAAAUCUUUCAAAAGUAGUUUUUACUUUACUUGUACUAUUUUCAGUUUUUGAUAUAGUUAGAAAAAUAGUGUCUUUCACUUCGUUUUGAGUUUUUUUCUAAGUUUCCACCCUGCGAAUGAAAGCAGUUGCUGUUUGGUCUCCUGUACCUGCCAGUGAUCUGCAGAAUGCUUGUAGCAGUCCUCCCCCGAGCCACAUGUUCUUGUUUAGGCUCCACAGACUGAAGGAGGUCAAAGUCGGUAGGAAAGGGAUUUAUUUGAUUUACAGUUUGGUCAUGGAUGAGUCAGAUGGAGCUCCCAUGUUUUCUGCUUUUAGAAAAGAUCAUCAAAUGAAAGUUUGCUGUUCAAUCACCGCGACUUCAGUCGAAGAACAGCUUUUCUUUGAGCUCGGAGAUUUGUGCCGUUUGAGCGUCUAACACCCCAAACCAUCCGCAGACAGUCCCUUGGGGUGGUUGUUGGUCAUUACACGAGGAAAGAAAAAUCUCUUACUUUUGUGUUUUAUGAGACUUGAGGAAUUUCUCCUCGAAAUUCUCUCAUUUCGUUGGUGGAAUGUCUCGGAAGAGCCUUUCAGGUCAUGCAUCUGCAUCUCCGUUAAAUUAUGGCGAGGCCCCUCCCAAACAUGAAUUUACUCCUCUUAGCAGAAGUCUGUCAUUGAUGGACUUCUUCAGUUUGCUUCAUCCAAGUUCUCCUACGCUGCAGCUCAGUGUCCCGCCCCUCCCCUGUGAAAACUGAGCGUUCCAGCAGAGCAGCUAAAAACCACAACAGUCCCUACAGCAUGUUUUAGACGUGUAUGUAAUCCACCUAAAACUUUAACAAAUAUUUAUAUUUUGUAUCUCAUCAUGGCCCAAAUGUUUUGGAACAACACAUUUUUAACAUUUUAUUUUAUUGUUUUCUUGCAAAAUGUGAGACUCAACUAAAUUCUUUGCUAAAUUAUUAUAAUUUUUUUGAACAUGUAAUCAUUAACAAUAAAUAAAAGUGUGAAUUUA